ACAAAAGUAAAUACAGAUAGAGUAUUAAAUAACAAUAACAACUAUGAAAGACAAAAAUCACUUUAAAUGUUUUUAACAAAUAUAUCAAUUUAAGGGCUUUUGUACUCUUAAUCAUCCUCCAAGAUUUGAUUGAUAAUUGUAAAUUAUCAAGCCAAUUAGAAAAUGUAGGCCUUACUUUCAUAAAUCGACAUUUAUUUAGAAAGAACUUUGCCUGGACCGGAAGUAAAUAAAGUGUCUUCCCGCGCUGCUGCAUCCUUUCAAAAAAAAAGGCACUUAUGCAAUUAUUUAACGACAUGGACGAGCUUUAUCUGGACAACAUCGACGAAUUUGUCAAUGACCACAAUAAGAUCGUGACCUACAAAUGGCUCAGUUUAACUCUAGGAGUCCAUGUCAACACAGCAAAACAAAUGCUCUUUCAUUACUUGGACAACAAGAGGAAGGAAAGCGCUGCUCAGCUCCACGCUACGUACUUGGUGUCAGGAAAGUGUGUGGACAAUGGUCAUGCGAGUCACAAGGUGUCUGUGGUGCGUGAGGACCAGCUGGAAGAUUUUAAAUCCAAGAUGAGUUUGAUCGUGAGCGUUCACGUGUACAGUGUCCAAAAAGCUUUGCUAAAAGACAGCGGCCCUCUCUAUGCCGUCGACUACGACGCCGUCAAAGACAACCUGCUGAACUGCAGCAAGUACAGUGCAAUUCGAUGUCCCGACGCCGUGCCCCUGUCCUCGCUGGAGCGGAAGCACGUGCGAGAAACACAGCAGGAAUCUCCGACAGAGCGUGAGAGCAAAAAGUCUUCCACCAACGGCAACGUGGCUUCCAAAGCGCCCGCCAAACCGGCCAAAGGCAUCAUGGGAAUGUUCGCUAACAAAGGAACUGUGGUUAAGAGCCAAAAUGGUGGCAAAGACGUGAAAUCAGAGCCUCAGGAGGAAGCGGCUGAGGUCAACUUGUCCAAAACCAAAGCAAAGUCCAAUGCCAUGAGCAACUUCUUUGGCAAUCAAAGCAUAAAAAAAAAGGACAAAACGGUGAUUAAGAUGGAGAAAGAAGAGGAGGAGGAAGAAGCUCCAGCGCCAUCUCCAGUGGAGCAGGCAAGCUCAAGUUUUCAGCCGGAGGAGCAGCAGCAAGAUGCUGUCACAGUGGAGCCUCCAAAGCACAACAAGAACAUCUCAAGAAGCAAAACUAAGCGACUAGAGAGUUCUGACAGCGAGGAGGAGAAGAUGGAGAAGAAGAAGAGAAGACGGAUCAAGAAGCCUGCGCCCGACAGCAGUGAUGAAGACGUCAUUCCAGAUUCUCCACAACCUGCAGAAGCUAGAGAAACAUCAACGGCUCCAACCAAGGCGCUCAAACCUGUUCCAAAUCCGGGAGAAUCUCAGACAAAGAUACGCAAGCGGAGACGAGUCCUCAAGUCUCGGACCUUCGUGGAUGAUGAAGGCUGCAUCGUGACUGAGAAAGCCUACGAAAGCGAGUCAUACUCUGAAAACGAAGACUCCGCUCCUGCCACCGCCUCCAAACAAACGACCACAAAUCCAGUCAGAGCAAAAGCGAGCAGUAAAGACGACGAAAGGAAAAAUCAGAAAAAGAUGUCUGCAAACGCCAGCAAAGGAUCUAAACAGGCGUCCAUUAUGGGAUUUUUCCAGAAGAAAUGAUGGACGGAUGAUGAUUAUAAAACACACACAAACUGUUGCAGCUACUUAAUAAACACUGAUGGAAAACACUCAAAUAUUAGCAGUAUUAAAUGACACAACAUAUAGAUAUAUAGUAUUCAUUGUCACCCUAAUCCCAACCUGAAAACAAAUGGAUUCCAUUUCUAAAGUCCCUUCUCUGACAUGCAUUUUAAAUUAACGUCAGUGAGUAAAGGGUGGAGGCUGCAUCUGAAGACUCAUGUAUAGAAACCAUAAAAUAACUAAGGAUCACCACACACUUACAAUGCUUUUAUUUUUUAAACAGUACAUUUGGACACUUCUUUUGUUGUAUCUAAUUAGACAAGCCUAUGCAGGCCUUUAUAAGAACUAUUUGACUUAUUUUGGCAGCAAACUGAUAUUGCAGAUUGAAAAGAAGUAAAAUGAGAUCUUUUUUUUUUUUUAAAUAACCACAGCAGGUCUUAGGGGAGUGUUGGCUUGACCGUGUGAGCUCACAGCAGCGCCACACCCUCUUAGCGAACACACAAAGUGGGCCGGUAGAACUGGUCUUUCCCAUAAAGGAGACUACACUGACUGAGGAGGAAAAUGAUCUCCUCAGCGAGGUGGGUUUUUUUGGGUUUGUCCCGCAUAGAACUGCCAUUGCAGCUGAGUCAGACGCUGUGGAAACAUCCUCUUCUGACUACAAUAGCUCCAAUGUUCCUGAUGUUUCAUGUCUUUGCCACUCUGUGUGGAUCCUCCCUAAUCACAUGGGGGAAAAAAACAUUUUUAGAAUGAGACCUCAUUUCACAAAUAUUGACACGUUGCAUCCUAGAGUUUAAGGCGUCAAUCAUUGUGUUUCAAUUACGCAAAGAAGCCUAGAUUAAAGGGAAAAAGACGAUAUGUCCAAUGUAUGGGUAAAAUGCAUAUAAUGGAAUAAAAUGGACUUGGAAUAUUUUAA